CUGACCGUGUAUCUUGAGUGGUUGUGUUUUCGCUAUCGAGCAAAAUGUCUCAGGUGUAUGAAAACAUCUUUCGUGACGCUCUGAAAGAUUUCGGAGGAUGGCCUGAUUUCAGGUUAUUGUAAUUCGUUGGAGGAGGUGGAAACACUUCUCGAUCAGCUGAAAACUGUGGGGUUUUCAUACUGCGUGAGAAGUAGUCGUUUUAAAGAGCCUUCUUCAGAUGUUAUGAAAAAUAAAACAAAGCAUUUCUUCAAGCAAAUGCAGGGACAUGUCCCUAUCCCCUUUUUUGGUUGUGCAUUUGCAGUGGAGAGUGUGUGGUCGAGGCACUGUGUUUUGGGGCCAAAAUACUAUAAAAGUAAAGAGUCUAGUGUACCUGAGCACUUGGAAGACCAUGUGACUCCUCGUAAGAGAUUGAGGAUCAUGGAUACUAGAAAAUCCAACUGCCCAGAAACUUUAAAUAUGAAGUGUAUAAGGGUGUAUCCUGAUUACAGUAUGCACUCAGCAACUGAACACAGGGAUACCAAGGCAAAAGUUCUUGCAAGUCUACAGAAAGAUUUGGCAUUGCCAUGCCCGCCUAAGAGCUAUUUACGUUAUUAUUUGACUGCUUCCCCAGCAAGUGCACACACACAUGCUACUGAAAGUGUUGAAGCAAGUGGGUACAAACAUCCUUCACUUGUAAAGGAAAUAAAAAACUUAGUACUCAGUGGCAUGACAUCUCUCAAAGUCAUUAAGUUGGCUCUAGACAGAUUUGUUGAAAUCAAUUUCACUGGGACACACAUACCAGGUCAAAUGAAUACUACCUUUUACCCCACAGAGAAAACUAUUUACAGUAACAUUUAUGGGACCCUUUAUGGUACAAAUAAAGUAUUGUUUGACGAGACUAGACUGCAGAAUCAGGUUGAUGAGUGGCACAAAGACUCGAGCAAUCACAUGAUUUAUUAUAGACAUUGUACGGGACCCAAUGGAGAAGUGAAACCAUUACUUUUUUGCUAUCAGAGCAGUUGGCAGAGAGAUCUUUUGAAGAAGUAUGUGGGUAGUUGUUUGUUAGAUGCAACAUACAAAACAACAACAUAUGAUAUUCCUUUAUUUUUUAUAGCUGUGAAGAUUGAAGCAGCUGAGGAGGCUGUCGAGGUUGAGGAGUCUGUCGAGGCAGCAAAUACAGAUGGUGUUGUUCAAACCCAGAAUAUUCCUUUGCAGCAGUUUGAAGCAAGGGAGCUGUGUAAACAGAUUUAUAAUCUCACAUACAACUGCAGCAACAGCGAAACAUUACAAAAAGUACUUGAAUCACUGAGCAACUGUGUGCGAGAUUUGCAAUUAGCAAAUCCUGAAGUUGGUGGUCUCCCAUUAGCAGUGCCAUCAACUUCCAAACAAUAG